ACUGUUUCUAGCGCUUGUAUGUCCUUUCCGCGAUACGCCCAUGUAUUGGUCGGGGCGAUCUGGGUUUCUUGGUUGGAACUGAGAAGCAGACGUGGUUGCUGGCCCUUCAGCGCAUGUAGGUGGAUGUGGAGGUCAAUUGCACUGGCGUUUGCAGCUGCACAUGUGGUCGUAUGCUUGACGGGCUCGGUGGCAACGGAUCGGUCAAUCAGACUUUCAUCGAGAAUUGCUACCAAAGCCGUAUGCCAGCCGAGUUCCCCUCUUGGAUCAACCUGGCCUGUGUGGCCCGCAGUUCGUGCUGUACGCCCAUCACUCUGUGUACCUGUAUCCGCAAUGGCGUUGGCAAGCGUCCCCGCCCUGAUGGCGCCACCGCCCCUCCAGGCGUUCUCACACGAACGUUUGGUGACUAAGGCGCACCCAGGCGGUGGGUCGGCCUGGAUCCUGACCCCGGACGACGACGAGUACGAGGGAGAUUGCAGUACGAGGGAGAUUAAGGUGACGUUCCUCGACGACGCUGGCCGCCCGCCUGCUCCGCCACACCAGCCAGUGUACGCCUUUCGCGGCCCGCCUCCGCAGGCGGCCCUGCAGGCGGCGAUGCCGAACGCGGAGGUGCAGACGCAGCUGCUGGGUUGGGGCCAUGUCGCUCAGGGGUCGCCUCCACCAGCUGGCGGUAUCGGCGUUCCGGGUGCUGGCAAGUGGCUCCUCGCGGAGCCGUGUGGGAGCUGGUUCGAGCACGGGGUGCGCAACCGCGGGUUCCGCGACCGGGUGUUGGAAAUGUUCGAGGAGCCUGAGCUUGACGGCUUCCCGAAUGGCCCUAGGAUCACGCUCGGCACGGCCACCGCCCUCCGCUCGCAGGGCCUCGCGUGGCGGAUGCAGGCUCGGGAGUGGCCAGUCGCAGCCCUUGUUCGGUCAGGAGACCGCUCGGUGCACGAGUGCAAGCUGAUCUGCGAGGUGCUCCGCGCGCUGCAGUGCAUCGAUCAGCGCAAUCUCCCGAACCUCCUGGGCGCAGAGCUGUUGGUGAGGCUGACGGACAAGGCCGCGAUCAUGAUAGAGAAGAGGAAGGCCAUCGACGAGUCCAGGCUCGGGGGCACAGGCAAGCCCGAGAUGGACACGGACAAGGGCGGCAAGAGACUGCAGCAACGCUUCGACCGCAAGAGGGUAGUUUUGAGCCGCGCCAUCGGCUCCGCCGAGAAUUUCAGUGCCGAGGCAGCCCGCGUGGUGUUGUUCGGCGCAGGUCAGGACUAUGAGGGUGGUCCUGAGCUUCCCAUCGCAAGUUGCGACGCGGACCUGCUCUCCCUGCCUCUCCUGGGGGCAGAGCCUGUGGAUUGGACCGCGGUGCUCGACGGCAGGAUCGUCGCUGUCGCCGCCGACAGGGCCCCGUCGCGGUCGUUCUCGGCGCCUCGAACGGACGGCGGGGGCGGGUGGAUGUACCAGUUCUCCGAGAUCUCUGUGCCUCUGCUCGCCUACAGACGGGCGGGGCGAAUGGCAAGCGAGGCGGCAGACGGGGUGGAGGAGGUGAGCACUCGACAGGGCGAGCACGUCGCACAACCAGCGGCAGAGCAGCGAGACGAGCUUUCCGACACAUGUGCAGGUGAUUCCGCAGUCGAGUCCAACAUCGUCAUCGACAGGGUGUCCGUGCAGAAGCUCGACGCGGACACGGAGAGCUCGGACGGCGUCAGUUUGCAGAGCUACGCGGUGACUGCUGGCGGCCGCGCCCCGCCGUGGAGCUGCACCCACCCCGCGCUGGCAGCGCCUCGGCUGGCCCAGGAGCGCGCGCAGGGCGAGGCGCCCGAGCCCGUGGCCGUGCGCGGCCGGGCCGAGGCCGCUCUGCUUGCCGCCGCCGCGCCGGGCCUCGCUGCCGUGGGCGCCGCCGCCGCUCCCGGGCCGCUGCUGCCGGACCCGGGGCCCCCGCCGGGGCUCUACCCGCCGAGCCCCGCGGCGGCGCGGCCUCCCAGCCCGCGCGCGCCGCCGAGCGCGCCGCCCAGCGCAGCGCCGAGCGCGCCGCCCAGCGCCCCGCGCAGCACGGGCACGCCUGCGGGCGCGGCGCCCCGCGUGCAGCCCAGCGUGCCGCCCGGCGUGCGGCCCGGUGUGCCGCCCUGCGCGGCGCCCUGCGCGGCGCCCUGCGCAGCGCCCAGCGCGUGGCCGGAGCGGCACCCGCAGCAGGCCGCGGCGCGGGCGCCGCCGGGCUUGCGCAGUGUCCACCAGAGCAAGGACGCAGGUGAGCACAGGAGGGCGUGCAGGCAGCUACGGAGCUCGGACAUGCAGAAGAAGGAGGCGGCCUCAGCAAAGGGCAGCCCGUGGGAUGACGUCAUCUUCCCGGCGCCACUCCCCCCGUCGGUCAUGCACGACCUCGCGCGGCGUGAGGAUACGUGCUGGGCCUGGGUGAAGCACGGGUACUGCCCGCGGGGCCUGCGGUGCACGUGGAUGCAUCCGCCGCUGCCGGGGCCCCCGCGGGGAUUUGCACCGCGCGCUCCGGGCUACCACGCGCUCCAGCCGCGCUCAGGCAUGCCGUGGUUCUCACCACAGGCGAUGGCGGCCCCGUCGGCCUGA